CAGGAAUGGGAGGAUGGAAGUAUCCAUUUCUGCUAUGCCUGCAGCCACACAUCUGCCCGAAUCUAUCACAAGCUAUUACAUUGACUAAGACCAACAGGUGUUGAUGAAUAUGCUGUAUGAGGAAACGUACCAGCAGAGCUCCCCCAGAUGGGCUCAUGUUUCCAGCUGUGGAAACCCCAGAGACGCUGGAUCUGGAUGGCAGUGGAAACAGACAGGAUCUGCCAGUGCUCCACAUGGCCUGCCUUUACGGCCAGCUGGCUACUGUUCAGCUCCUGGUGGAGUCCAGGCAAGAAGGGAUCAACAGCAGCGAGCUCCAGGGUCGCCGGCCUUUACAUAUGGUCCUGUCCUCCCGGAGCUCACCCAACACCUCCUCGUGCCUCAUGUACCUGCUGGAGCACGGGGCCGACAUCAACGUUACCACAGAUUCAGGGGCGACCCCGCUGCACCUGGCCGCCUCUGAAGGCCUCCUGCGCUGCACAGAGAUCCUCGUGCAGGCCGGGGCAGAUGUGUUGGCCCAGGACAGCUCGGGUCACACUCCUCUGGAUUUGGCCCGCAUCUGGUGUCGAAGGAAGGUAGCAAGGUAUCUGAAAAGCUGCAUGUGGCAGACAUAUAAGCAGAAAGAAAUGCAGGAGAGGAAGCUGGGUCAAACGUUAUACAGUGAUCUCGUCGAUAAGGUCAAACUGGACAAUCUAAAAAAAAAGACAUUUAUAGAUGAGAAGAUGGCAGAGUGGGCGAACAAAAGAGGUUUCCCUCUCCUCAAGGAUUUCUCCCCCGGUGUCUUGGUGAGCCAGUACCACACCCAGUGCUUCAGUUCUAAUCCAAAACAUGCCAAGCACCCAUUGAAACACCAGCCAGGAGGUGCUCUGGAGGACAAGAGCACCCCCACUAAGCAACCAGCCUCAUCCUCCAGACCCUGGACCAUCUUCAUGGGCCUCCAGCCAGAGAACCCGCUCAGAGAGCCGGACCUCCGGAACAACGUCAUGGUGUGGAGGGACGGCAGCAGGCAGCCCCAGUACUCCACCAAGUGGGACAGCACCCGCCGCCCUGCCCCUGACCUGCCUCUGGAUGUCCUCGAGAGGGUGUUGUUCCCCAGAGCCUUCCCUUCCAGGAUCGCCUCGCCACGGUACUUUGAGCCAAAGAACAUUGUGGAGGUUCAGCACAGAGGAUACCCCCAGGGGCGGAGCACCUCCCCCUGGACAGAGGUGGCUAUGCACUUGGCUGAAGUGCUGGAGCCUGGACAUUACUGACCAUCACACUCUGUACUGGAAGGGCUUCGAUUAGAAGAUGUGUUCAAGAAAUGUAUUAAAACUCAUCAGGUAUUUAAUGUUUUCAUAGAUUUUUGCAUCCAAACUAAGUGGCAGGCUGGAAGAACAUGAGGCCUUUAUAGAUUAACGUGUCUUUAUAGUUUUCUAUCAAAUGAUGUGGAAAUGAACAUGCAAGUAUAGGAAUUAGAGGAUUCUAUUGUAGGAAAUCAUAUAUUGUAUAGACGUCUGGCAGUGUCCUCUAUGCAAUCUCACAUCAAGAGUAUUUACGGACAUAACAGCAGACCUUCCCUAACAAAACAUCCUGACCCCCCCUCGACUUCAGCUCAAAGUGACAAAAUUAAAAAUGCCACACACCCCAGACGCUGCGCCUCCAAAAGCGGGGUGAACGGAGGGGUGAGUGAAAGGUGAGAAAACCUCAGUGAACUGGGUCACCUGUCUCAGAGGAAUCCCUGCACUUUCACUGCUCCCCCCAGGGAACUGACUCGGGAUCCAGGUGAGGGCUUGUCAACAGCAUGUGUGUAACUGCGAGCUGUUGCCUGUCAGCUAAAGGUGUGUGUGUGUGGGGUUUUGUCUUUUUUGCUUUACUUCACACCUCAGUGGGGGUCAAAGUGCACACUGGCCUCAACCUGGUGCACCCACUGUGAUCGAGCCACAUGGGACUUGGUUUAACACCAGCCAGGCUGUCUGGUACACACGCACACACACACACACGCACACACACACACACACAGGGCGUAACAACAGGACAAAUGUGAACAUUGAAAGGGUGAAUGAACCUGAUUGAAUUAGAAAUGAGGAUCAGUCUAUCCCUGCAAGUUAUUUCAACAAAAUCUUUUAUUAUACAUUUGUGUGCAUACCAGCCUACAAUGAAUCGCACUCCGUAAUUGGUAAAAAAAGAAUUUCGGUCUCUUUAAUAGCACUUUGAGCAGCUGUUGUCCCAGACACACGUACGCUCACAAGAGUCUUUGCACAGGUACGAUCUUCACAAGUGCUUUUGUUUGUCGUCAGGUUACCUCAACGAUCAAUGUACAAAAAUCAGUUUGUUAUUACUGUGAAUUGUUAAAA